CAGCUGCGAGCAGCAGCGAGUGCCCAGCGACAGGCAAUGGCAGAGCUCAGUGGCCAGCUGAGGAACAGAUACUCGGAGCGGGACAUUCCGACAGAGAUUGUGGCUCGUGUGCAGGGGACCAAUGCGGCACUGACAGAUGUCGAAGCCAAGCUGCAGGCACUGUGUCCCCAGGCCAGCGCGAGCCAGGAUCUGAGCCACAGGAUUGUAUCUGUAACGAGUGGACUUCAGAGUGUGGAGAAGAUGCUGCAGCGGUGCUCCAAAACACAUACUGAGGCAAGGAAUCAACAAAAGAGGGUGUGGCGUGCGAUAGAUGAGUGGCACUCGGUUCUGUCGGAGCUCGAAGCCGAGGUGCAGGAGCUGGCACAGCAGGAUCCCGGGGAGGCUCAGCAGCUGAUGGAGAAUCUGUUGGAACCACUCCAGCUACACCAGCACAUAUCGCACAGAGCAGAGCACAGAACUGCUCUCCUCAACAAG